UGUCUGAGGAUGCAGCGGAGUGAGGGAGGAGGGAGGGAGGCUUGAGCCAGCAGCGACACAAAGACGGGGAGCGAAAGCCAGCGAGCGGUGGAGAAACAUAGACAAAGAGGAGGCGGCCACAACUCUCUUUCUUCAUAUGGGGGAGGAGAGGGGGGGAGGAUUAACCGGCUGAUCUGCAACACGCGCUCACGCAACACACACACGCUCACACAUUAUAUAGACACACUAAACGCUGCCCAGCAUCACCGGGCUCAACAUCAUCAUCACCAUCGGUGGCAGGCGAGAGACAAAGAGUGAGACGGCAGGGCUUGGUGGACUGGGACCAUCAGAGCAGAGACAGACGGGAAGACCGACAGGCAUACUGGAGGAGACUGACUGACGGAAGGAAGGAAGGAAGGAAGGAAGAGGGAGAAAGCCACGGCCUUCAUCACCUCCAGUCGUGUUCGUGUGCUAUGGCUGACCACAUGUUCCUGCUGUUGCUGUGUGUGUGCUGAGUGCUCUGUCUGUAGUGGUGGGUGUGUUGGCUACAAGCGUGUGUGAAGUGUGUCUGGGAUGGGGAACGCCGAGAGUAUGGAGAGCCAGCUGGCCGUCAUCCGGUCCAGAGCCGCACCGGUCCGACUGCCCAUGCCCGACGCCGCCGAGCUAGAGGAGAGGUUCUCCAUUGCGCUGAAUUCUAUGAACCUUCCUCCAGACAAGGUGCGUUUGUUGCGUUCCUAUGACAAUGAGAAGAAGUGGGAGCUCAUCUGUGAUCAGGAGAGAUUCCAGGUUAAAAACCCUCCACACACAUACAUCCAGAAGCUGCGAGGAUUCCUCGACCCGGCUGUCACCCGCAAGAAGUUCCGGAGGCGGGUCCAGGAGUCAACCCAGACACUCCGAGAACUUGAGAUUUCUCUUCGCACAAACCACAUUGGGUGGGUUCGAGAGUUUCUGAACGAGGAGAACCGAGGGCUGGAUGUCCUGGUUGAGUAUUUGUCCUUCGCUCAGUAUGCUGUCACAUUUGACGGCGAACAGUCAGAGUCUGGCGGAGACGCCGCUUCAAUUGACUCUCCAUGGAGUCGCUCCAUAGAGGAUCUCCACGGUGACUGCAGUCUCCCGUCCCCUUCGUCCUCUGCACCCAGAUCAGCGCGGCACUCCAUCAGUAGUUCCACUUUGGUAACUCGCUCCAACACGCUGCCCAGUAGUCGCACUCUGAAAAAUUCCCGACUGGUCUGCAAAAAAGACGACGUCCACGUGUGCAUCAUGUGUCUGCGAGCUAUCAUGAACUACCAGUACGGUUUCAACAUGGUCAUGUCUCACCCGCAUGGAGUCAACGAAAUUGCUCUGAGCCUCAACAACAGGAAUGCAAGGACCAAAGCUCUGGUGCUGGAGUUGUUGGCAGCUGUGUGUUUGGUCAGAGGUGGACAUGAGAUCAUCUUGUCGGCCUUUGACAACUUUAAAACUGUGUGCUCCGAGUCGAUGCGCUUUGAAAAGCUGAUGGAACAUUUCAAAAAUGAAGAUGACAAUAUUGACUUCUUGGUGGCAUGCAUGCAGUUCAUUAACAUUGUGGUCCACUCGGUGGAAGACAUGAACUUCCGAGUGCAUCUGCAGUAUGACUUCACCAAACUCAACCUGGAUGACCACCUCGAGAGGCUGAAGCACACAGAGAGUGACCGACUCCAGGUGCAGAUCCAGGCAUACCUGGACAACGUGUUUGACGUCGGCACUCUGCUAGAAGAUGCUGAAACCAAAACCGCAGCUCUGGAAAGAGUGGAAGAGCUGGAGGAGAACCUGAGUACCAUGUCGGAGCGUCUGCUUGAUGUCGAAAAUGAAGCAAUGCUGAAGAUUGUGGAACUGGAAAAACAGCUGAUGCAAACAAACAAAGAGCUGGACCAACUCCGGGAUGUGUAUGCCAGUGCCAACACACAGGUGCACACACUGAGGCGGAUUGUCCGGGAGAAGGACCAGACCAUUCGCCGUCAGAGUCGUCUUGAGCGACAGGCCCAAGAGGCCCAACAGGCGGGAGGUCCCGGAGCUCCUCAACCCCAAAGAGGAGAAGGUGAUGGAGGCAUAGCCAAUUCUGCCUCACCCUCGCCUCCUCCCUGCGCCACUCUCUCCCCCAGCCCAGAGACAGUCGCCUAUCAUAACAUGGGAGCCGGAAUGGGCGGUGCUCCGGAUAUGCCGGCCCCACCGCCGCCGCCUCCCCCGCCACCAGUGCCAGCCUCAGUGUCCAACGGGUUGUACCCUGCUCCUCCACCACCGGCUCCUCCGCCUCCUCCCCCACCUCCUCCCCCUCCGUGUCGGACCAGCGAACUCUCCUCCACCCUCCCGAUGCCACCUCCUCCUCCGCCGGUGGCCCCUCCGCUUCCGGGUUCUGGGGGAUCGCCCACCGUCAUCUUCAACUCUGGGCUAGCAGAGGGACCACUCAAGUUAUUCUCGGUGAAGAUAAAGAAGCCGAUCCAGACCAAGUUUCGAAUGCCUGUUUUGAAUUGGGUCGCCCUGAAGCCAAGUCAAAUCAACGGCACCGUCUUUAAUGACAUUGACGACGAAGCCAUCCUGAGGGAUCUGGAUGUAGAGGGCUUUGAGGAACUCUUUAAAACAAAGGCUCAGGGUCCAGCAAUGGAUUUGACUUUGUCCAGACAGAAACUUCCCCAGAAAGCUCCAUCCAGAGUCUCUUUGCUGGACGCAAACCGGGCUAAGAACCUGGCCAUCACACUCAGAAAAGCCGGUCAGGGUCCAGAGGUCAUCUGCCGUGCCAUCCACAUGUUUGAUCUUCGGACGAUUCGAGUGGACUUUGUGGAGUGUCUGAUGCGUUUCCUGCCAACUGAAGCCGAGCUAAAGCUUCUCCGCCAGUAUGAGAGAGACCGAAAACCUUUGGAGGCACUGAGUGACGAAGACAGCUUCAUGGUCCAGUUCAGUCGUAUUGAAAGACUCAACCAGCGCAUGUCCAUUAUGACCUUCAUGGGGAACUUCAGCGACAAUGUACAAUUGUUAACACCGCAACUCCAUGCCAUGAUUGCAGCAUCUGUUUCUAUAAAAUCAUCACAAAAACUGAAAAAAAUACUCGAGAUCAUCUUAGCCCUUGGAAAUUACAUGAACAGCAGUAAGAGAGGUGCUGUGUAUGGCUUCAAACUACAGAGCUUAGACCUGCUCCUGGAGACCAAGUCCACUGACAGAACACAGACGUUGCUUCACUACAUCAGCAACGUGGUCAGAGAGAAAUAUCCCAUAGCGGCACUCUUCUACAACGAACUUCACUAUGUGGACAAGGCGGCUGCAGUGAGUCUAGAGAAUGUGUUGUGCGACGUAAAGGAGAUACAGCGAGGGAUGGAACUCACCUGGCGCGAGUUCAGCGUGCAGCACAACGCUACCUUGAAAGAUUUCAUCAGCAGGCAUGAAUCGCGACUCAACAAACUUCAAGAGGAUGCACGCAUAGCCCAGGAUGCCUUUGAAGACGUGGUGAAAUUUUUUGGCGAGAGCUCAAAAACCAUGCCGCCAUCGGUCUUCUUCCCAAUCUUUGUCCGUUUCAUCAAAGCUUACAGGACGGCUGAGGAGGAGAACGAACAGCGACGGCGUCAGGAGCAGAUGAUGCUGGAGAAACUGGAACAGGAGGAGCAGCAGCAGCAGGAUGAAGAAACCAAGUCACCGUCUCACAAGGGCAAACGGCAGCAGCAGGAGCUUCUCACCGAACUGAGACGACGGCAAGGAAAGGACAGCCGCCACGUUUACGAGGGAAAAGACGGCGCCAUCGAAGACAUCAUCACAGCUUUGAAAACCGGCCCCUUCACAGCUCGGUCGGCCAAACGUAGCUCUCGAUUUUUCUGCGACCCUGCCCAUCCCGAAGAACACUACUGAAGCGGAAAAGAUGAUCCUCAUCGCCUUGCCCACCUUGAAAUAAUGGCAACAAUAAGCACUUUGAACAUUUGCAAUCGAGGAACACAAUGACAUUAUGUCAUCUAAUUGGUCAUUGAGCACAGUAUUGCGCCCUGGUCUUGAAAUUGUUUUUGAAUACUGGACUUGCUUAGCUGAAAUCCUUGUACAAAUUUGCGUUGUGGAUGAUUCAUCCACUUGUGUACACUGCUCAAACAACAAGGCUGAUUUUUGUCUCUGACAGACAUUCCCAAACUGAAAAUGAGUUGUUCCAUAUUACUAUUUGGGGAGGCAGCAGACCUUAAAAAGUAGCGAAAAGCACAUGCUGAUGUCAUGCGGUCCCCAAUUGUGUCCCGCCUGAUUUUGGACAAGUAUAUGUGUGUGGUACUAAAAGCUUUGCUGCGUCUUGCAAGUGUGCCAGAGUUUUGGUCAGACUUGAGAAGUUUGUUGAAACUGAAGUGAAAUGCGUACAGGGUUCUGUUACUGGUUUGUACUGUAUUUAAAUUAUUACUGAUCAAAUGUCACUUCGGGUUUUAUUCAUUUAUAUGAAACUUUGUAAAAUCCAGCAAACAAAGUGACCCCCCCCCAAAAAGAAAACAUGAAUAUGCUGGCUACGCUGCUCACUAACACAUAUGAAGUGCAUCAGAGAAGUUCCAGGCCCAUGUGUCUUAAAAUUUUAAAUGCACACUACAAGGUUUCUCCUUCAACAUAGGCCCAACAAUCAACCAACUUGUCUACAAAGAUCCCGCAACGUUUUCCUCGUUCCUUGCCGAGAAAAGGCACAAGUUGUGUAAGGAACUUUUCUGACAUCCCUCACACGAAACCGCCACACAGGUUCUUUGUUUCUAAUGUCUCUUGCUCUCCAAGGAGGCCACCCACCCACCCGGCACCUUCUACCAGUCAGACCGACCCGUCUCCCGCCUGCUUGUUUCUUAACCAUCAGAGACCCCCAAUAUUGCCCUUACCUGUCUUUUCAUUCAAAACGUUAACAUGAGCACAAAAGAGCACAAAGUUUUCUACAUUUUGUAGGUUCUCCAGUUUUUGUUGUUGUUACUGUUGUUGACUAUAUUUAGUGUAAAUAAACAAAACACGUUGAUACAACGCUAAAA